UUUUUGUGAGAAUGUAGCACGCAGUGGUUUUCGCAACAUUGAAUGAAUUAUAAGCCCGAUUUAAUUUGCAAAAAGAUGAUGUUGUUGUCGUAUAAUGAUCUCAAGCGUGUAUGCAGACACUACGUAUAACUCUUAUAGCGAAUGUGCUUGGAAUUACCAGCGUUUAUUCCAGGAAACGUAACAUUAACACUAAUUUACAUACAUUUUAUUUCAAAGAUCGGUAAAGGCUAACAAGACAACAUGUGGGUAUUCUAUUUGGUUGCGUUGAUAUUGUGCAUAACAACAGUACGAUGUUCCAACAACACAACCAAACUAAUAGAAGAUUCCAGCCAGAGCUUUACGGAGAGGAUGAAGACGGGAAAAACUUCCUUCAUUUACUUUGGAAAUCACGUCAAUCCAACCAUCCAACUCUUUCUGGAUCAGCUAGAGAUGUCUGCGGAUGCACUGGAGGAUUAUGGGAUAUCUGUUGUAAAGGUGAACUGUUCAAAGGAAACCAUAGCAAAGUACUGCACAGGAGAAAAGCUCAUAACAAAGACUUAUUUGCUCAGAGGUUCCGAGGUCUUGAGGAGCUUUGACAUUGAUACUGUAUUUGACGUCAGUGCAAUAGUUUCUCACGUCCUGUUCACUGUCCUGUACAAUGAGGUUCGCUAUGUUCAUACACCAGCUGAGCUUCUUCAGGUGGAGAAUGCAGCCAAACAAAAAAGGGAUGUUGUGGUUGGUCACAUCCCAGUGCUUGGGCUUCCAGAGCACCGGGCUUUAAUGGAGGCGGCGUUUGUGUAUGGAACAAAGUACCAGUUUGUUCAGACGACUGGUGGUCCACUCUUAAAACACAUGGGGAUCGACGCUCUCUCCGUCUCAAAAGCCCGUCUUUGGUUUCUGCACUGUAAAGAUAUGUCCAGGCAAAUGGACCAGUGCCCUUUUACUCCCAUGAGAAAACCACUCGACACCAUCAACAUACACACUUUCCUCCAGCUGAUGGAGGCACCUCUUGUGACAGAGGCAAAUGUGGACCCCUCUGAAGUUGACGUGCUUCAUAACCAUCUCAAUGUCCCCGUGCUGUAUCUGUUCUCUCAUCCCCAAACGCAACACCUGGACCGGGCCACCGCUCAAAGUCUGGCCCUGCAGCUCCGCGGGGAGGUCGGCGUAGUGCUCAUUCAUAGGGACAGUACUGACGUUAAAACUCCAAUUCAGUACAACGCCGCUUACCGACUUCCACAGGAGGAUGUGAAAUAUUUUACCCUGAAUAGUGCCGAAGAGGUUAUGAAACUUCUUAAAGAAGAACUUUUACAAGACAAGAUGGUUGACGAUGAGGAGGAAAAUGAGGAACAUUGGUCUGACCUGGAUAUCCUUGAUGAUGAGGUAUCAGAAUCUGUGUACAGAGAUCGGGAUCUUAUGCUGGACCUGGAAUCGAUCACAGAGCUCACAUCUGAAAACUAUCAAUCUGAAGUCACGCAAAAUGAAAUCACAGUGGUGUUGUUCUAUUUAAAAUGGGAUGCUGUGUGUAUGGCUUUCAUGCAAACAUACGUAGAAGUGGCUGAUGCACUGGAAGGUGCAAGCGGAUUGGUGUUGGCGGCUGUAGAUUGUGGAGAAUGGACUGAUAUCUGCAGUGAUCAGAACAUCACAUCCUUUCCCUUUAUUAUGAUCUACCGCCCCAUGGAGGCUCCUCAGCCCUACGGAGGCAUGCUGGGAACCGAGAGCCUUCAGAGGUUCAUACUGCUGAGUCAGAUCUCAGGUCCUGUCUCUCUAUCUUCCUCGGCUGAUGUGUUGUCGUUUUUAGAAGGCGAUUUAUACAGCAAACAUGCAGAUUUGUCUCCGAUUAGAGUGCUGGGGCUGUUUACUUCUACAAUGGACACUGGCGUGACCUCAUUUAAAGAAGCAGCAAAACUUCUGAGGGGAGAGGCAAUACUUGGACUUUUUGUGCACCGAGAAGCAGAGAAAUGGGUGGAGGGGCUGUCAGUAAACCUGCCCGCUGUUUUGCUGUCCCGUGGCUCUGAAGUUUCUCGUGAAGGCUAUAAUCUCCCAUCAUUCUCAGUUAAUGACCUCAUCUCGCUCAUACAGAGAGCAGUGUCGGAUCCUUUUCCUGAACUGACAGUGGAGAAUCUUCCCUGGUAUCUGGAGCUUGAGAAACCCUUGUUACUGCUGUUUGUUGGAAAGGAAGAGCGUACAGAAACAUCUUUAACAGAGAUGAAACAUCUGCUGAGCUCUGGAUCGCUGCCGUCCUUCCUGCCCUGCUGGAUUCAUUUAGGUCGGACACCUGUUGGGAGGUCUGUCCUGGAGAAGUAUCUUGGGUUUGUACCUCCACUUCCUGCUUUGGUGAUGUCACAGUUAAGCACAGGUGGAGAGGUGUUCCUGUUCCCUACAGAGCGCCCCCUUACGGCAAAAAACAUCCUGCAGUGGCUCCAAAGUGUGGAAAGUAGAGAUGAACAGCCAGCAGGUGUGAUACCUGACACAAAAUGGAGCCCUCCAGUUCCCUUUUAUGACUUUUUGGCAACAAUGGACCAAGAGGCGCCAGGUUACGCAUCUCAGAGGGAUCCUAAAAAGAAGACUGGUGCCAAGGGAGGCCACAGAGAGCAGGACAUGACCCCUAAUCAAAGACAAACCACACUUUCAUCUCCAAAACCUCAAGCGCCUCACAAGCACUCCGAACUGUAGAGUCAAGUCAGACUCCUUCAGGAGCGAGACUCAUGCUGCUGGAGUGUUGUGUGAGCAUUUCACAUUCAGAAUGUUUGUUAUCUGAUCGUCAAUGUGUUACACUGCUGUUAUUGUUUAUAUAUACAUAUAUUUUUUUACAAAAGUGGAUACUGCAUAUCUGAAUAUCCGGAUUAUUUGCUGUCUGUUGUAUUUUCCAAUUCAUGAACUUCUUCUAUCCAAUUAUUAUUUUUAUAUUUUAAUACAAAUUUUGUCAUUCAGUGUAACAAUUUUAUAAAAAAAUUAUAUGAAUCUUAUAAUUGACUAACUAAUGCCAUCGUCAAUUUACAGUAUAUGAUUUCCUUUCUCCAGUUAAGCACUUAUUUUUAUUUGUAUGAAAAGUGUAAUUGAAAACAGAAUAACUUUCGAUUAUGUUCACAUUACAUAUACAGAAGUACAAAUGGAAUUGGAUCCAUAAAUGGGCGUCUUGCUUUAGUCACGGAAGACGAGGAAUGAGAAGUGUGUUUUUAAUACCAUGCUGUUUCUAUAAUGGAAAGACUUGCGUAGGAAUCUCGGCUGGAUCGCAUUGUUAAGUGCAAUUUACGUCACAUUAAGUAAGAAACUUCUCUCUAAAUCAAACAGUUUUUUUUUUUCAACUAACCCCUCUGCGCUGUGCUGCCUGGCAUGUGAAACAUAAUGCAGAUGUGUUUGUGAAACGUUUUAAAUACCACAUUUUCAGGAAGUCUCAGUCCCACCGAUCGCCAUGUGUGGCUCGCGCACACUCUUUUGGAUGCCAGUCCUUCAUAUAUACAUCAUUAUCCAGCCCUGCAUGAGUCAACAUUGAACGGAUAGAGUGUCUGUUUUUUGUCAGGUUUCUCUAUAACAGACACCGUUCUUACAAUGAAGUAAGCCUUAAAGGGAUAUUUCACCCCCCAAAAAAUCUGUUAUCAAUAGUUCCAUCAUUUAUGUUGUUCAAAACCUGUACAUUUUGAGAAAUGUCUUCAGUGGUCUUGUGUCUUUAUGAUGGGAGUCAAGGGAUGUUGUUUGUUUGUGAAUGUUUCUCAACAUUCUCAACAAUGUUUCUCAACAUCUCAACACUCAACAUUGUGUCUCACGCCGUCUUGAAAGAUCUGCUUUGAGAGGGUAUUUACAUUACUUAAGAAAAAUGCACUUGGGACCGAUCUGCUGUUUUAUUGAUUUUGACUAGAAGCUGUCAUAUCGAUCUUCGGCAAAUUUAGAGUAUCUCGGAAGAAGUCCACACCGACAAGGUUCUCAGAUUGACCAAGUCACAUGGUCUGAAUGCGAUUUUGUUUGAGAAAAUGAAUGCAACGCUUUCAUUGAAUUUUUUUAUUUUUGCUGCUCGUCCAAUCUGAUUCAUUUAGAUAAAUUAAAUCAACACAAUUUUUGUUAAAAUGAUAUUAUCAUGUCCAGUUAUAUAACUUAAUCCAUUCAUGUUGGCACUACAUAAAUGAUUUGUGUUGUGUUUACAUAAGUUACAACUAGGCGUGAAUUUAUAUUUCCCAGUAUGCUUUGCGUAAGUGUUGUUUAAUGUGUUUUUUUACGUGUUUAAUGUUCAUUUAUCUUUAAGAUUUAGAGAAGUUAUUCAUAUUCAGUUUUGUGGUUACCAUUGUUCAGAAAUACGUUGCGUUUGCUUUUGUAGUGGGCGUUAACAUUUUCAAAUAUGAAUUUCUGUUAAGCUCUGUGAACUUAAUAUCUUGUUAGAGAUGAAAGAAAAUUUGAUGUCAUAUUAACUUGAAACAUUUCUUUUAAAAACGCUAUAUUAAAGUAUGAAACAUCAACAUAAAGAAAUCAUUUGGCAACUUGAACAUAACUUGAUUAUGCCGAGUAAACGUAACUUUAUUUUGUGCAACUGAUGUACAUACAGUUUUCAUGGAAAUCCAACAUAUUUUUUUUUUAGUGAGUACAUUUGAGAGAUCGUGUGGUAACGCUGAGAAUUGAUUUAGACUUGGGGUUUGUCCCACUUCCUAUUGUAAUUUAAAGUGUCUGUCAACUGUGGUACGUAUAUAUUUAAUAGAGCUAUGGAAAAUGUAUUAAUUUUACGAUGCAUCGCAAUGCUUAGCCUAUGUAGAGUUACAUUGACGCAUAUAAACAAAUAAUCGAUUAUCCUAAUUACAAUAGCCCAUAGGCCAACAGUUAAACAAAUUGAAAGACUACUAGCAGUAUGAGCAGUGAAUACGAAAUGAUUGUUGUUUUGCUUAAAAAAGAUGGUGAUACUUUCUGUUUUUCAAUUCAAAAGUAUUACUAAUAAUAGCAGACUUCUUUUUUGUAAGGGUUGCCAUUACUAUAAUGGAUUUUUAAUGGGUUUUCUGUGGUUUGCUUUGGUCAUUUUGAGACAGGCGGAAAGCUAUGAAGAAUGUGUUGCACAUUCACAUAAAAUCAACUUCCGCUGUUAUGACAGCAUGUGUUGGGUUUAUUCUCAUGAAUUUUAACGACGUUUUAUCAGACCAUCUAACCCCAAAAGGUUUCACUCCUCCAGUCUACCGUUAUAGAUUUUCCUGUUGUUAACUCUGUGGCCAAAAACUCCGUCAACAAAGUUUCAAAAUGAUGUUGCACUUCUUUUUUGCAGAGCUAUGUUUUCUUGUGUGUGGAACGCUCUCUUGUGCUGACACUCUCUAGUGGGUGGAAUGGAUCAGAAUGGAUCAGAACAGCUUGUGAUUUGUAGUAAA